AUGCAGUUUAGGAAUAGCCGCUGGAAGAAAGAAUUGCACAGGCUGAGGUGUGGGGGAAGGGCAAAGAGCAUGUGUGCCCUCUGGAGGGGCACCAGUCACUCUGAAUCUGCACCUGGUCACCAACCCGGAGGCUCUUUGACCCUGGUCCCUUUGGGUUUUAUGGAGGACUCACUCUGUAGCAUGACAUCACUGGUCACUGGUGAUUGCACUCCCCCUUCUGGAGGUCUGAGGUUGGAACUGAAAGUUCUAACGCUCCAAUCACAUGACUGGGUGUCCUGGCAAUCACCCUCCACCAUCAGUGGCCUAGGGCCUGCCCAAAGCCUGCUUUGUAUCACAGCAAAAGACCUCUGUAUUCAUGUCAUUGAGAGAGACUGGGACCUGGAACCAGGAACCCUUUGCCCCCCUCCCCGAGAGCUUGCACUUGGACCAAUGUCUCCUAGGGCAACAGGACGUGAAGAAACUAAAAGGGGCUAA